CUUAAUCUAGUAUUUAGGUAAAAUAUUUGUAAGUAUAAACUUUAGGACAAGCAAAUAGUCCAUAAAAUAGCAACCUUCACAUCUUUUAUAGCUCCAAAUUCCCGAGUUUCAUUAGAAUACAACCAAAUAUGGAUCAUGGAUUUGUAAACCUUUACUUAAAAAAAGCUACUUCUUCUGACACCUUCCCGUGAAGCCACUCAUAAAAUAUAAACAAAUAAAUAAAUAAAUAAAAAUAUCUGACAUUAAAAGCAUCAUAAUAAAGAUUAAAGACACAGCUACUACUACUCAAUCUGAAUAUAUAUCUUCUUCUCCUACCAAUGUCAUCAUCUUUUUCCUUCUCUUUCUCAUUUUUAACCAAAUCCAACGGCUCUGAUCAACUGGGUUUCCUUUAAAGUCAUCAAAAUCCAAAAACAAUAGUGGAAAUAAUAACAAAACACAAAUGGGUUCAUGCAUUUUCUUUGUUGUUUGUAAUCUGAUUCUUGUGAUUACAGUCACAAGACUGUCACUUAGAGGAGAAUCAAAGACAGAUUGGGGAGACAUAACAGUACUGAAAGAGCUAAAGAACGAGUUAGAUCCUAACUCAGUGAGUCCAGGCUCAUGUGUUAACUCGUGGGAUUUCACCUUCGACCCAUGUGACAACCUUUUCAGCGAACGAUUCACUUGUGGUUUCAGGUGCGAUUUCACUGACGAGUCAGGAACGAGUCGACUCACCGAACUCAGUCUCGACCAAGCUGGUUACUCCGGUUCACUCACUUCAAUCUCAUUCAACCUCCCUUACCUACAAAUCCUCGACCUUUCAAACAACUUCUUUUCCGGCUCAAUACCCAACUCGCUCUCUAACUUGACUCGUCUCCAACGACUCGGUCUCUCCACCAACUCGUUCUCCGGCGAAAUCCCAUCCUCCAUCGGCGAAUCACUCUCUAAUCUCGAGGAACUCUCACUCGACAACAACCAACUUCAGGGAAAAAUCCCAGCUAGUAUAAACAAUCUCGUGAGCUUAAAAAGACUCGAAAUUCAGUCAAACAAAAUCUCCGGCGAGUUUCCCGAUAUGGGUUCACUUAAAAAUCUAAUCUUUUUAGACGCAAGCAACAAUAACAUUUCCGGUAAAGUUCCGGCCAAUCUACCACCGUCUCUGGUGGAAAUCUCAUUAAGGAACAACAGCUUAGAAGGUUCGAUUCCUGGAGAGAUUAAAAAGUUAAGAUUUUUACAGGUAAUGGAUUUGAGUCACAACCGAUUGAGUGGGUCAGUACCUUCCAUUCUCUUCAACCACCCAUCGCUUCAACAGUUAACUCUUUCGUUCAACCAAUUCUCGUCCGUACAGUCCCCUGAAUCUUACGGCGAUCUCAUAGCUCUGGACUUAAACGACAAUCAAAUUCAGGGCUUUUUACCGUCGUUUUUUGCAAUAAUGCCGAAACUGUCAGCUCUGUCGUUGGAGAAUAACAAGUUCAGCGGAAUGAUUCCGACUCAGUACGCCAUUAAAACGGUUUUACCAGAAACAGGGGUUUCCCCAUUUGAGAGACUCUUAUUGGGCCGGAAUUACUUGUUUGGGCCCAUACCCGGCCCAUUAAUGGGACUGAAACCCGGUUCAGCUAAUGUGGAGCUCACCGGGAACUGCUUGUUCCGGUGUCCUGACUUGUUCUUCUUUUGCCAAGGUGAUGAUCAAAAAUCGUUGAUGGAAUGUAAAGCUUUUAGUCCUACAAUUCCAUGAAAGCUUUAAUAAAAAAAUAAAUAAUUAUUAGUAGUAUAAUAUUUUUGAUGUCAUUAAUCAGAAAAAGGGGAAAUCUGAUUGUUUGUUAUUAGUAUUAAAAAUUAUUGUUCUUUGUAUAAAAAAAAAUGUUUGUUGUUAAUUGUUAUUAAGUUUUGUUUUUUUAUUAGAUGAAAUAUCUAUUUGUUAAAUACGAAGAAGACUGAUGAUUCGAA